UGUUGUAACAUCAAGUUUGGCAAAAGACCGCGAAAAGAAUUACUGCUCCAUUGAGAAUUGUUUUUGUUUACAGUUCAAUAUACAAAGGAUUAGGCUCUGAAACUAUUUAUAUAAGUGUGUAUGGUAGUACUUUCAUGCCUAUGUGUUCCAUUUAUGAAAUGGGUUGAGGAAAUGUGAAACGAAAUGAUGGAUGUGUACCCAAGUCCAAGACCAACCCCCAAGUUCUUUCAAGAAGUCCAAACAUUUUCAACCAAAAAGGCCCGUUCCACUCCUAAGAAUUGUGGUCCACCCAGACCCCCAGUGAAAAGUGCGCCACCAGUCAGUCGUAUCUUCCCACAUCGACCAAUUGAGAGGGCUCAGGUUGUGUCAUUCCGCAGCGAUGAAGGCAGCAGAUCUUUUUUAGAAAACCAGUACAACAGUCAAAGUAACCAUUUGUACUUUGAACAAGGUUUUAAAGUGAUCAGUCGUCUAGGUGCUGGGUCAUUUGGAGAGGUCUUUAAAGUACAGAGCAAAGAAGAUGGAAAACUCUAUGCAAUAAAAAAGUCAAGAGAUCCUUUCAGGGGAGAAUCAGACAGGAAAAGAAAGUUGGAAGAAGUUGCAAAGUAUGAAACUUUACCACCACACCCAAACUGUGUUCACUUCUACAGAGCCUGGGAAGAACGUCAGUUCUUGUAUAUCCAGACUGAGCUUUGUAAGCUGAGCUUGACAGACUACACAGAACAGAACCAUGACUUGUCAGAGGCAACCAUAGCAAAUUAUUUGGUUGAUCUGCUUAUGGCAUUGAAACAUUUGCAUGACCACAACCUUGUCCAUAUGGACAUCAAACCAGAUAACAUAUUUAUUUCCUUUGAUGACAUAUGCAAGCUUGGAGACUUCGGAUUAGUGUUGGACCUUACAAAGAGCAACGAUGUAUCUGAUGCACAAGAGGGAGAUCCCAAAUACCUGUCCCCGGAAUUAAUGGAUGGCAAGUUUGGUAAACCUGCUGAUAUAUUUAGUCUUGGUAUGACUAUAUUGGAGUUAGCAAGUGACCUUGACCUUCCAAGGGGAGGAGAUGGGUGGCAUAUGCUACGCUCUGGCAAGUUACCAGAAGAAUUUUUGAGAGACAAGUCGUUUGACUUGAAGUAUGUGAUACAACAAAUGUUAGACCCUGACCCAGGAAGUCGGCCUACAGUGGACCAAGUGUUAGCAUUUCCAUAUGUUAGAAAAGUAUGGAAGAGGAGACGGCGAGAAUACAUGUACAAACGAGCAGUCAGUGCUGUAUCAGCCAUGCUCCACAGUAUCUUAGCCUUCCUGUUCCUUUUGACCAGUGUGUUCACCCCCAGCUAUUGGAGAGGCUCGAGACUGAGUGUGGGCUCCAGCAGCAAACUCAGUAGUAGCUUCAGCAAUCACAGCUCCAGUGGACUGGAUCACAGUAUUUCUGAUGAUGAAUGUUUUGAUGAUGACAUAAGUAUACACAACAACUCCUUGGGAUCACCACUGGACAGCUCUUCUGGAGAUAGCUUCAGUGAAUUUAUUGUUCCCUGUAAGCCACCUCCAAGACGAGCCUUUACAUCUCCAGUGUCCAGACAACGACCCUUGCACUACAUCAGUCCCCCUAUGAGUUCUUCCCCGGUGCACCUCAAGUUAAGAAAACCAGAUACUCCGAACUCUAGCUUUGAGAGCAGUUUUGAGGAUGAGAGAUCUGUCACUCCUACAUUCAACAGCAGCAACAACUUGGUGGAAGGGGGAGAGGAAACCACAAAAGUCAGCAUCGAGCCCAAGAACCUCAUGGAUAUGUUUGAUGCCACAAGUGAUGAAGACUAGGAAGGUUGUUAAAAGUACAUGUAAAUGUAUGAAGAAUUCCACAAGUGUACACUGUAGCAAAUUUGUUUCAGCCUUCAGUGUCUGUGUUUUAUAUACUGUAUGUGUUCAACCAGCACAAACUGCCUUAAACUUUUCACCUAGUUGUGUUCAAGAAAAUGAUGUGAAACAGUGGAAGAAUGAGAUGAAUGGGAAAGCAAACGCUGUAUUAGUGCUUUAAUAUACUGUAUCUGUUUUACGUUUUCUUUAAAUAUUAUUUUAGGACCACAAGACUUGUGUGUAAAAAAAAAUAUUUACAUGUAUUUUGUUUCUAAUGUAAUAAUUUAUUUUUGAAAAAUCAUGGCCACUUCUCAUUUUCCAGAACUUCCAAGGGGUUUAAUUAUUGAUGUAUAAUUUCGUACAUGCAGAAGAGAAUCAUCAGAUAUGGAAAUUCUUGCCAAUUCCAUUAUUUCACCAAGUAUUAUUAAGAUCACUUAGUUCAUUUCACAAAUAUCAUGUACUGAUAUUAUAAACCAUGCUGCCAUACACGAUCUACACUCAGGCUAACCCCAAAAGGUGCUUGGAUAGGUAUCAAGUGUUAUUCAUUGGGCCACCAAUUGUGUUUCAUUCGUUUUGCUGCAUAUACACCUGAGCAAAACCUACUUAAAACUACAACAGAUGUGUUUUGUUUGGAAAUUGCUUGGAAAGAAUGUAGAAAAGUAUUUGUUCAUCUGAAGUUUUUUGUUUCUAUAUCUCUUUUAAAUGUAAAUUAAUUAUGUACGGAGAUGGGAACUAACAAAAUGUGAAUAAUUCUGUUGAAGAAAUGUCUGUUCAAACUGAACAUAAGAAAAUGUGCUUUGUUAUCAUUUACAUAAUUUGUUGCUUCUGUUAUUUUUUGUUACUCUGUCUUGACUAUGAGUUGGAUUAUCACAAGAUAUGUCUAACGUGACUAGUUUUGUUAAUUGUCCUGCAAAUCCACUGCGUGUUUGUGUAAUAUGUUUUGCCAUUUGCAUAGCUUUUGUAAGUUUAUGAACCUUUAUAAAUCUUUUCCUUUCGGAAUUAUUGUCAACAAUUUUUGUAAGCUACAUCUGUUUUAUUUUUUCAAAGUCCAAGUUGUCACAAAAAGGAUUUACAGUAUAAACUCAAGGUCACUGAUAUUUGACCACUUUAAAUUAUGCAAAAAUGACCUUUUGUACUCAGUGCUUUUAGGGUGGAAUAAAGCCUAUACACCAGCAAAA